AUGAGGCUUAGCACUUUGUACAGCGGGCGCAGCGAUCGAGAUCAGAUCCGGGACCAAAUCCGAGACCGGAUACGUAACGACAUCCGCAACGAAAUCCGCAAUCAGAUCCGAGACCAGCUCCAUGCCGAGCUUCACGGGAAGUUACGGAAUGAACUGAGGACCGAGCUGCUCUCGGAGAUAUACGAGAAGCUGCGAGGCGAGCUUCAAGAGACAGUUCGAGACCAGGUAAAAGAGGAGAUCAGGACACAACUACAUGAACCCUGUGUGCGUCGCAAGUUCUCAAGGGACAUCGAGGCAGGUGUCAAGUAUGACAUGGAGAUGUACUUGGACGAUUUCUUGAGGAAGGACGACUUGAGUGAAUGGGCUGAGGGUUUUUUCAGGGAUGCAUUGAAAACAAUCAAGGCUGAGCAGGAGGUUCGCCUGAGGCGUCAGCUUAAGGAUGCCUUAAUUGCAGCUAGCGAGGCUUUGAACUAA